UCAUUGUUCAUCAUACUCAAACCCCUUUACCAAUUUUGUGUUAAAGAUUCAAUUUUUAUCUUGAAUUCUUGAUUUUUUCCUCAAUCUUUGUGGUGUUUUAGCAAUGGCUGUUGCAUACCCUCAAUUUUUUGGCCCCAAAAAGGUUGACCCUUCAUUGAUGGUGUCUUCAACUUCUUCUUCUGCCUCUGUUUCCCCUGUUAUUCUAUCUCAAGAUGAGCUAAAAAAGAUAGCUGCUUACAAAGCUGUGGAGUUUGUUGAGUCUGGUAUGGUUGUUGGUCUUGGUACAGGGUCCACAGCAAAACAUGCUGUAGACAAAAUUGCUGAACUUUUACAUAGUGGCAAGUUAAAGAACAUUGUAGGAAUCCCCACUUCCAAGAUUACACAUGAACAAGCCGUUUCACUUGGUAUCCCUUUAUCAGAUCUGAAUUCACACCCAAUUCUUGAUUUAGCAAUUGAUGGUGCUGAUGAAGUUGACCCUCAAAUGAAUUUGGUUAAAGGGAGAGGAGGGUCAUUGUUGAGGGAAAAAAUGGUGGAGGCAGCUACUAAGAAAUUCAUUGUAAUUGUUGAUGAGUCAAAAUUGGUGAAUCAUUUAGGUGGUAGUGGACUUGCUGUGCCUGUUGAGAUUGUACCCUUUUGUUGGGAGUUUACACUAAAGAGGCUUGAAAUGUUGUUUAUUGAAGCUGGAUGUGUUGGGAAGUUGAGAACAGCAGCUGGAGGAGAGGAGCCUUAUGUUACUGAUAAUGGUAAUUAUAUUAUUGAUUUGUAUUUCAAGAAAGAUAUGGGUGAUUUGAAAGAUGCAAGUGAUGCAAUUUUGAGGCUUGCUGGUGUUGUUGAGCAUGGCAUGUUUCUUGAUAUGGCUACUACAGUUAUUGUUGCUGGAAAACUUGGUGUCUCUGUGACUAAUAAGGAAUAAGACUAAGGUUGAAUUUAGAUAAGUUGUUAUCUUUUAGGAACCUUAGGAGGUAUUAGGAUGUGGGGGUGUGGUGGUGGGGGUAUUGAAGAAUAUUGUACCACCAUUCUGAUUGGGGGAAGUCUUGCUGAAAUAUUUAUGUGGCAAGUAUAAAAUUUUGGUCUUUUCUGAAUCAACUAAUAUAUUGAAUUGUUUGGGGUAUUUGCCUCAAAGUUGCUAUCUUGUUGAUUCUUGCUGAAA